AUGCGUCCAUUUCGAUUCCUACUGUUACUCAUAUUCUUCGUUGCUCUCCCCAUUGCACUGACCUGCUGGUCAUUUCUCGCGGCCGGCGACGAGAGCCCGGCAGACUCAUUCAAUGCCGGCUACAACACCAGACCCAGUCGCUUGAGGGCGCUUUUCUCAUUCUCAACCCCGUCCUCCUUGUUCCCACCCUCGGCUGUCAUUAGCCUCACCAACGACAACUCGACCUUCUUCUUGGCACGGCCUGCUGCCUUUGGACCAAGCCUGCCAUCGAGGGGGCUGAGCGGACAACUAUGGGUAGGAAAGGGUUUUGGAGACGAUGCUUUAUUGAAGGAGGAGAACCUCCAUGUAGCAGGAUGGGAACUUGGUUGCUCAGACGUUCCAGGUUGGGCUGAAGAAAGGGCGCAGAGCAUCAAACACGUCACGGCUCUCGAACAUGAUGAGAGAAAAACAAAAUUACGCCGGAGUCUGGACAAUGUUGGGACGGAACACGACAGCGCCGCAAUGGAUGGGUCCUUUAUCGAAGACGAUGGCACUGACGACUAUCUACACCAUCCACUCCCCGAUUCGAACCCCGCACCCUCUGGUCAACCUGGCGAGCCUGCAAAAGCCGAGUCGGACAAGAACAAGACGCCCACUCAUGCCGAUAUUGAGUCCUUACAAGAAAGCGCUGCUAUCGCAGGAAAGAUCGUUAUGCUCAGUCGGGGCGGUUGCGGUUUCCUGGAAAAGGUCAAGUGGGCUCAGCGUCGUGGAGGCAUCGCCCUGAUCGUUGGAGACAACGAAAAGGGUGCGCAGUUGACGAUCAUGUAUGCCAAGGGCGAUACUUCCAAUGUCACGAUACCGGCACUCUUCACGUCAUACACAUCUGCCCAUCUGCUGUCUUCGCUUGUCCCAGCCGAAGAGAAGGACGACGAAGAAACGAACACCCCGAGCUCGGGGAAAACUUCAAACCAGAACCAGGACGCAAACAAGCCUGUUUUUACAUCUACGAAGCCCGCGAGCGAGCGAGCGACCACCGUACCAGGGGACAAGGAUGACGCAGACAACAGCUGGGUAGGUAAUGUAUUGUCCGCCAUGGGCCUGAACGACAAUUCUCCGUUUUCACAACACGAGGACAGUCGCCGACCCCCCAGCAGUGGGAAUGUAGAAUGGGUGCUAGUCGAAGACUGGAAGGAAGAAGCGCGCCCAGACCCUUUGGAGGAGGCAAAUACGCUCCCUAUUCUUCCCACGUCGUCUGCACCGGCGCCCAGGCCUAAAACCACGAGUGCAAAACGGCCGGGCGAAGAUGACUUCGUCAUCGGUGUCCAAGAUUGGCGAGACGCUGAUCUCGUUGCGCCGAAGCCUGCAACUACCUCAUCGAGUAAUGCGGGAAAGGCAGGAAAGGAUAUUGUCCAUGAUUCUCUCAGCUUGGUGAAGACGUCAAGCAGUCCAGAAGCCACUCUCAAGGGCGGCAGCAUCACUCCUGGAAGUGGAGAGUAUGACCACGAGAAAUCUGAACCUCCGAACCGCUUCAACCGUGGCAAAGCUCCUUCAAACCAAAGAUAUGGCCAUGACACCGACCGUCAAAGUAGGGAGAGGGCCUCGUGGCUCGAUGUCUUCCGGUCUGGCGACUCUCCAAGGGCGUCGAAUGGAGGUUCUUUAGCAGAGCAAAGCAGUCACGGAGAAAAGGUUCAAAGCGCCAAAUCAGCAUCACCGGAAGAUGACAACGAGCGCGCCGGCUUGUGGGUAACCCUCACCCCUACCAGCGUCUCGACCAGCCCAUUCUUCGACACUCUGCUCGUCCUGGUCGUCAGUCCCCUGAUGACUUUGACGGUUGUGUACGCACUGCUACUCCUCCGCUCGCGUAUCCGACGAAGAAGAUGGCGUGCACCGAAGUCCGUGGUCGACCGACUACCAGUCCGGACGUACCAUACCAUGACCACAGCCUCGACAACAUCGGCACAAGCAUCUCCAGAACAUGCAUCACCCACCUCUCCACUCCUUAUUUCCACAAGUCAAAACGUCUCUCAGCGCCCUCGGCCACGCUCGCAGACCACUGCAGGCAGUUUCGCGGGUGGAACCAGCGCCGAAAGUCAGUUUUUGCAGUCCCGAAGCCCCCAGAACGAGAAGUUGACCACCUCCCCGAAACCUGCAAAACGGAAACGCUACACGGGCCGGCAGGUUGAAUGCGUCGUUUGCCUCGAGGAGUACGUCGAUGGCGAAAGCCAAGUCAUGUCCCUCCCCUGCGGACAUGAAUUCCACGCCGAAUGCAUCACGCCGUGGUUGGUGACUAGGCGGCGGACUUGUCCAAUCUGUAAGGGCGACGUAGUACGGAGCAUGGCCCGCCAGCGGGCGCCACAUGUCGCCGAGGGUGACGACUCGGAGGAUAGCGGCGCGGAAAACGGCGUGCGCCUCGACGAGAGUACGAGCGAUGAUGUCCAGAACCGCGUCGCCCAGACAAUCAACGAGGAGCCAAGUGCCGCCAUACCCAUCCCCACCGUCGGUCGAGAAGACGAGGACAUCGAGCGCGGCCAGGACCCGGAUGUUCCCCUAGGCGGCCUGACGCGACCACGGCACGGGCGAGACGGCGAAGGACAGUCCACGUGGAGGAAUAUUGUCAGCGGGAGCGUCAAUCGCUUGAGUGGCGAUACGCUGUGGAGGCAGACGCCCGUCGAUCGGAAUCGAUGA